AUGAAAGAGAAGGCCCAAAAGGCGAUCCUGGCCAGCACCCAAGCCAGCAUGGAUGAGGCCUGCAAUCCAGAGUGCGCCCUGGAGAACCAUCACGAGUUCUUUGAGGCCUUUGCCGGAUGCUAUGCUCCUUCUGUGUGCGCAGCAUCGGGAGCGGGGGAAGUGAGUUUUCGCCGAUGCAGGAGCUCCCUUCAGACGUUCAUACUGAACGAGAUGAAGUACGAGGCUUCGCAGUGGUGCCAGAAGGAUGAGAACGGCAUCUAUUGUCAGCAGCAUCACGCUGAGCUGAUGAUUCAGAACCCGAUGUGCUACAGCGAGUAUACCACGCCUGUGCUGGACAUGGGUGAGAUGGUCCGCUUCCGUUGCUCCCACACGGAGUGUGUCCGAGGUUGGAAGCAAGCGGAGGAGCAUCCGAUUUGCAGCUCCCAGAUGACCGAAAUCGGCCGAUCUCGGGGUAAGGGCAUGAUGCACAUGUUGCAUCAGAUCUGGGGGUCGAAAAUCAUCACUCCGUCGGGCGCGUUGUCAUACCAUGGCGCAAUGUCAUACUAUGAUGCCUGCAUCCACCCGGCUUCGCAGCACAAGCCCAACUUUAUUGUUUGA